CCCCACACCCCGAGGCCGGGGGAGGGAAGGAGGGAGGGAGCCGCUGCCGCCGCCGCCGCCGCCUGUGCGAGCCGAGCCGAGCCGAGCAGAGCCGAGCCGAGCCGGCCGGGCAGCCCGAGCCCCCCGCCAAGGCUGGACCAUGCGCUAGGGCGGGAGGCUGCGCAUCGCCCCGCUGCGGAGCCGCCGCCAGCCCGAGCCCAGCCCGCUGCGGCGCCGCUGCCGCCCGCCCGUCCAUGGAGCUGGAAAACAUCGUGGCCAACACCGUCCUGCUGAAAGCCAGGGAAGGGGGUGGAGGAAAGCGCAAAGGCAAGAGCAAGAAGUGGAAGGACAUUUUGAAGUUCCCUCACAUUAGCCAGUGUGAAGAUCUCCGAAGAACAAUAGAGAGAGAUUACUACAGUUUAUGUGAAAAGCAGCCAAUCGGAAGGCUUCUCUUUCGGCAGUUCUGUGAAACUCGACCUGAGCUUGAGUGCUGCAUUAGAUUUCUUGACUCGGUGGCAGAAUAUGAAAUUGCUCCGGAUGAAACACUGGGAGAGAAAGGAAAGGAAAUCAUGAUCAAAUACCUCACCCCAGAGUCCCCAGUUUAUGUCACAGAAGUCAGCCGAGAUCUUGUCCAGCAGACAGAGGAAAAACUCGAAAUCAGCCCCUGCAAAGAGCUUUUUUCUCACUGUACAAAAUCUGUCCUUGACUACCUAAGUGGGGAGCCAUUUCAAGAAUAUCUAGACAGCAUGUACUUUGAUAGGUUUCUCCAGUGGAAGUGGUUGGAAAGGCAGCCAGUAACGAAAAACACAUUUAGACAGUACAGAGUACUAGGAAAAGGUGGUUUUGGGGAGGUGUGUGCUUGCCAAGUCCGGGCAACAGGGAAAAUGUAUGCCUGCAAGAGAUUAGAGAAGAAGAGAAUAAAGAAGAGGAAAGGCGAAUCCAUGGCACUAAAUGAAAAGCAGAUUUUAGAAAAAGUCAAUAGUCAGUUUGUAGUCAAUUUAGCCUAUGCCUAUGAAACAAAAGAUGCACUGUGUUUAGUUCUGACCAUAAUGAAUGGGGGUGACUUGAAGUUCCACAUCUACAACAUGGGAAACCCAGGCUUUGAAGAGGAAAGAGCUCUGUUUUAUGCUGCGGAGAUUCUCUGUGGCUUGGAAGAUCUACACCGAGAAAAUACUGUAUACAGAGAUUUGAAGCCAGAAAAUAUCCUAUUAGAUGAUUAUGGCCAUAUUAGAAUAUCUGAUUUGGGUCUAGCGGUUAAAAUUCCUGAGGGCGAAUCAAUCCGUGGAAGAGUAGGGACGGUAGGGUAUAUGGCCCCAGAAGUCUUGAACAAUCAGAGAUACACUCUCAGCCCUGACUACUGGGGACUCGGGUGUCUCAUUUAUGAAAUGAUUGCUGGACAAUCACCGUUUCGUGGAAGGAAAGAGAAGGUGAAGAGAGAAGAGGUGGACAGGAGAGUCCUGGAGACGGAAGAGGUUUACUCCCAUAAGUUUUCUGAGGAGGCCAAGUCUAUCUGUAAAAUGCUCUUAACCAAAGACGUGAAGCAGAGGAUGGGCUGUCAGGGAGAAGGUGCGGUGGAAGUGAAGAGACACCCGUUUUUCAAGAGUAUGAAUUUCAAACGAUUAGAAGCAGGAAUGCUGGACCCUCCCUUUGUCCCAGACCCCCGAGCAGUGUACUGCAAGGAUGUUUUAGACAUAGAGCAAUUCUCAACAGUGAAAGGAGUAAACCUGGACCAAACGGAUGAUGACUUCUAUUCUAAGUUUUCCACAGGAUCGGUAUCUAUACCAUGGCAAAAUGAGAUGAUCGAAACAGAGUGUUUUAAAGAACUAAAUGUGUUUGGACCAAAUGGCACUAUUUCACCAGACCUAAACAAAAGCUACCCCCCAGAGCCACCCAAGAAAGGAUUACUACAUAGAAUAUUUAAACGACAGCAUCAAAACAAUUCAAAGAGUUCUCCAAAUUCAAAGGCCAGUUUAAAUCACCACAUAAAUUCCAACCAUGUAAGUUCAAACUCCACCGGAAGCAGCUAGUUCCAACUCCGCUUUUUUGAAACAACAUAUUGCAUCCUUCCACUCUAAUCUAAGGAGCUUCUAAGGAUGAGAGAGCAUCCACCAUUGAAUUAAAAAAAAAAAAAAAAAAGAUCUCCCAACAGCGGAGAUUUCCUAUCCAUUCCUUCCAGUGGAGCCUCCCAUUUUAUGAAGAAAUUUCCACUCAGGUCUGUUUUUGGAGGUGGCACUCAAGAUUGUGUGAAUCAAAUCUGUCUAUUAGAACAUUGCAAUAGAAAUCCGACGAACAUGACUACUUGCACGUAUUUAAAUAGCAUCAUACUAGAACUGAAUUUUGUCUUUAUUAUUUUUAAAGAAAAGUUUUGUAAAUUUCUCUAUUGUCUCAGUUUACAUUUUGUACAUUUGUAUUUAAAUGAAAGUCGGACUUUGGGGGUGUAUAUUUUCCGAGCAGCAGCUGUAAAGCCAUGUGUUUUAAGACAUUUUUUAAAAGAAAAAAAAAUCUGACUCAAGACUUCCAGAGCCUCAAAUAAGAAAUUGUUCUUUUUAGUGAGUAUAGAAAAAUAUUCAUAUUUCACUUUAGCAAAUCGGUUUUAUUGACAUGCAGUUUUAUGGCACAAUUUAUUCUAAUUAUUUUACGUCUUAUAUAUUUGGUUUACAGCAACACUGCAUACAUUUUUCCUCUUUGUUAGUUUGUAAUGUCUCAUUAAAUGCUAAAAGUCAUGGUCAAGACUUCACCACAUCUAAGAAUACUGUUUGCUGCAUCUGAGGUUUGUAAUGUCAUGGGACCAGCACAGUUGGGAUUUGCAUUUAAUUUUGUCAUUAGGUCCUCACAAUAUUUAUUGUGUUAGAUCUCUCUUUUAGGCCCUUCUCAUUUUUUCUUUUUACUAUUGCUACUGGGAGGAAGAAAAAAUGCUAGUGAAGGGAGACAAAGAAGACAAGUUAUCAGUUCUUCAGGGAAUUAAUUUCUGCACCCACUGAAAUUAAUAGCAAAGCAAAUUGAUUUCAGUUUUGCAAGCCAAAAGUCAGAGGCUAUAUCACAGCUGAGCUCAUGUCUAAGUGAUUUACUCAAUAAUUUUGUUUGCGCUGACCAUAGAAAUCAUAAUGUCACCUUUCUGGAAAAGAGAGCCAAGUGUGACAGUGCAGAUGGGGAUCCGAACUUGUUUGGAUCCAGUAUCUCUCUUCUGGCUCGUUUCUACUUUCAAGUGGGCAGUAAUACAGUCCCUUGAUUCGUUCUGUGCUGUCGUGUUUGAAUUGGGGUGUCAAAAUGGCUCCUUUCCCAGCCUCCUCAACUAGUGCUGAACUUCAGAGUUCAACAUCCACUGUAAAACAGCAUCGUUUGCCCCGUUAACAGUUCUUCAGUUUAAUGUCUCAGGCCAUCUUUCUAUCAUCGUUGACAGCUGUCCCACUGGUAUAGAGAGGAUCAGGAAGAUUUGAAAUCAUGCUAUAUAGUAGCACAUCUGUCUUUAAAUAUGGGAUGUUAGAUAUCAAGCACUGCUUCAUCCUUUUCACCUGGUAUUGGAAAACAUUUAUCCCACUGGUGUUGACAGGGUCAACUGAGCUCAGUGUCAUGCCUUUUUUACAGGCUUGCUGAAUUCAACUAACUACUCCUUCCCCUUUAGGACAAGUAGGGAAACCCAGCAUCCAACAUGACAUGUCUAAGAAGUAUGUGUUUUGUAGUAUUCUUAUCCAGGGAAAUGGAGUAAGCAUCUUUGUACCAUGAGCACUUGUAGCUAUGGUUCCUUAGACUGUUGUGAACCCAAUUCCCAGGGUUUAUGCAGAGAGGGCAACAGAAGAUGUGCAGGGUUUUAGAGGCAAAGCCAUAAAGGAUGAGGACUCAAAAUAAUGGGCGUUCGAAACAACUUAGGGUCCAGAAGGGACAGAGAAAACAGAGUUUCUGUAAAGCAGCUGAUGGAUAAUACCGAAGGAUGAGACAGGCUUGAGCCAAGUUUAUGUACAUUUGUAAUGGGGCACUGUAUGGCACGUAGCAGAGGCACCUCACAAGGCAGCUGUUAAGACUGAUGGCUUUUCCAGCCCCUAGGAAAGAUGCAGCUGAUUGGGAUUGUGUGAAGGAUCCAGAACAUCAGUGAAGAUUUGUUUCCCCUUUUCCUUUUGAUUGGUGUCUUAGAAAGUAGAGAGGACACAGAGGAUUUUGUCCCAUGCUUUGUCAGUGCAAACACCUCCCAGUUCAGCUCUGACCACGAUGCCACUGCAGAUUUCAGCAGCGGUGAAAAAUAAUGGAAAGAAAAUGCUGCAAAUACGAAGUAAUUUCCUGCUGCCAGCUAGCUGCAACAAUUUCAGCUGUCUAGUAGUCACAGGGCACUUUGAAGUGCUGUCUGAGUGAAAGCCAGACACAAAGCCCACCGAAGGGAAUGGGAAUCUAUUCAUUGAAUUUAAUGGCUUUUGGAUCACGUCCUUAAUGUAAGGCCUAGGUACCCUGGAGCGCCUUCUCCAGGAUGUGUACCAGGGGAAGGUGGGGAUGGCAAAGAGCGGGGAUUUCACCUGGUUUUAGAAAAUAUAGGGGAGAAUUGAAGGUACAGGCUCAAAUAUCUGUGGCUAUAUUGCUGUAUUACUAACAUGUUUGAGAAGCUUUGUAUGCCAAAUUUUAAUUACUUUGCCUAAUGUUUUCCUAAGGAGACAUGUUUUAGAAGGUAGAAGCUGAUGUCCUUAGACAAGAAAUGCACCUGCUUUCUCACCUGUGCUGUACAUCAGUGCCCUCGCAAAGGGGCUACUCCUAAGCACAAAAGCUAGGCAAGAAAAUGCAGACUGGGGGACGGAGCAUGGGCAGAUGAUCUGUUUUGAGCUGUGCUACUCACUUUUGUCAUGUUCAAUAACCCUCUCUCUCUCCUUCUGAGAAACGUUGACAGUAAUGUCUACCCGCUACCCAGGAUGGGGUCUGUGAAGCUUAACUCAUAAAAGUGCAUGAAGCGUUUUGGAGCCCCAUGGAUAAAGGGCAGUAUAAAGGGGCCAAAUACAGUUUUUGCUCUAAGACCUCAAAAUGCUACAUUUUAACAAUCUGGCUCAUGAAGGCUUAAGUUUCCGUUUCGGUUUUGCCACCUGAUAGCUGGACAUUGGGUUCAAAUCAUAAUUACAACUCAUCCUCCACUACAGAGUGUUUGUUAAGGCUAAAUAUGGAGUUGACAACACUGGCUAAAAGGAACGUCGCGAGUGGCCAUAACCGUGCCAGCUGUCCUGACCGUCAGUCCAGGGACUCUCCCGACCGGGGUUUGUCUGCUUCCUCCUUAUUUUUUGUUAUGAGUCUCACAUCCCGCUUGAGACUAGGUUGAGACCACACUGCAGUUAUCUCAGCAAUGUGAUCUGAUUGAAAUUUGAAUAGAUUUAGAUGGUUGAAACUAGUGAGUCAAUUCACUGCACAACCAAACUCCCCCUAGGAGUUGGAGCCUAGCUCUCAGAAGUGAUGAAUACUCGCAGCUCCAUUUAAUGUCGGUGGGAGCUGUAGGUGUUCAGCACCUCCUAUCAUUUCUUCAUGCUGCUUUGGACGGGGCUUACAGGAGAGCGUUUGGUGUUCUGAAUCAUAAGGAAUAGCUUUGAAGCAGGUUUGCAUAUAACAAAGAAACAAAAAUGAAUAGUUUUCUAGUGCACAAUUGAUUCAUUUUCGUCUAUCAUCUUUCCAACUAGAGUGUUGUUUCUUCUAGAAAGAGCACAACAUUAGAUCUAGUUGAAUUAUGAAUUUUGAAUAGGUGACCAAGGAAAUUUUAGCUCUUUGAAAUAUUUGGAAAAGAUUUGCAAACUGAUCCUGAAUUUUUAUUUGUAAGUCUUCACCAAGCAGUCUGAAGAACAGUUUUCAGCCUAAGGAUUUUUUUUUGUAUGAAGUGUCUAGUUCAGCUGUUUGCUAUUUUAUUAUUCUUGGUGCAUGAGAGAGUCACAUGGCAUGUUCCUGUUUUUUUGUUUGGAUGGUUGAAACUUUUCAAAUGUGAAACUAAUAAAGAAUCUGUGGGAAAGGAUACUCUGCAGGGUGCCCAGCUCUCCAAAUGAGGGUGUUUGUGCAAAAUCUGCCAUUCUUCAGCGAUUGAUCUGAAGAAAAAUAGCUAUUCAUGCCAGUGAAAAAGGGCACAGAGAUAAACAAACACCCAAGAAGAGCUCAAAUGAACAUUAGUGAAUAAAACUCUUGUGGUCUUCGGCUAGCUGUCUGAACACAGAUCCUCACAAAGGUUUAUUCAGUUGCCGCUCCCAGAUUUUCAAAGAAAAUAUGCAAUGUCCUUAAGGUAUAUUUUAUGUCAUCGUAACUGGUGAUCAGCUCCACCCUUGGUGACUCUGUCCAGUAGCAUUGUAAGAAAUAUGUGGCCAAACUUUGAUGUUGCUGGUGUCUUAUAAGACCCUGAUGCUUCUUUUCUGCUGCAAGGUAUAUGUGAAAUGAACUGCACAUAACCCAGUUGGGAGCGUUUCUAAAAGCAGCUGUCAUGUUUCAGAGUCAGAUUCAUUUCGUAUCUUUACUUUCUCCACUUUUCAGUAGACAAUCCUCUAAUUCUGUAAUAGAAAUGAAACAAAAAGUAGGGGAAGGGAAAUAUGAACUCCUAAGCACAAUUUAUGAACUAGGUUAUUGUGUAUGUAACAAAGGCAGUUGCUGUUUAUUUUAUUUCAAAGCUACCACGUUCUGCCUUUCCACGUCGUCUGUAACUCGUUUUUAGGGUGAAUUGGAUCACAAAAAUGAGGCCAUAUCCUGAGCUUGUGUAAAUUGCUCUGAAUGAGCAGAGUAGCUGGCCCAAAGAUCAAACAGAACACAGAUCCUAUGAGCUCAAUGUAGGCCCCAUAACAAGUUUAAGAGACAAGCAGCUAUUCAUUCACCUGCACAAAAAAGCAUGGAAGUUGGGUCUAUGUACCCACAGAUCUGGGCCUCUCAAGUUCCCUAUAAAGGUUUUUUUUGGAGGAGGAAGAAAAAAACUGCCGGAGAAACAAGGCAGCUACUUUCCCAAGCACGAUUCCAGUGCCUAAAGAAGGGGAAGAGGGAAGGAUAGCCCUGCAUAUGAUGGGAAGCAACGGGUCUGCGGCAUAACUGCUUGCCCUUCAUAGGUAUAGGAAUAAGCGGCCUUAAUUCGGCCCAUUAUAUCUGACUGCAGUGUGGGUAUCCACCAGAAUAUUGGUGUUCUUUCCUCCUUUUUAGUUCCCUAUUUCUUUCUCUUUUUCCGCCCCCACCCCCUUUUUUUUUUUUCUUUGAUAGCUGGUAACGUUCACUCCCACUUGAUAAAAUUAUGGCUACAUCAGACAACAGCUGCUUCUGCGAAUCGUUAAUACAGCACUGGAAAAGGUGGUUUUCUCUGUUUUGAGAUAACAUUGGGACUAUGUCUUCCUUUGUGUUUGUAUGAUUUGUGAGGGGAGGUGAUUUCUGUUAUUGGACCAACUUGAAUAGUUGUGGGAGAGAGGAAACAGGCUCUGGGGCCGUUGUACCAGUGUUGUGUUGUUUAUAUACCACCAGUGCAGCAAGACCCUUGCGUGCUCUUCUAAUUUAUACAACGAUGUUGAUAAUGUCUUGUGAACAGGUGCCCCCACAUUAACAAAACUCACAUGCCCUGAUCUGGGCUGAAGUACGUUGUCAGGGAAGUAUGGAAGAAGUUAUACCUAUUACAUAACUAAACCGAGGACAUGGGUUUCCAGUGCUGUCAAUGUGAAACCUUUCACUACUAGUCAAUCCACCUACAGUUUUAAAAUAAUAAUAAUAAUGAAUGCCAGGAGAGCAAGGUUAAAAGCACCUUCCUUGCUUUUGUGUGUCAGAAGAAAAGCAGUCUCCUUUGGAACUAAUAAAUAAUGCCCUUUAUGCAAUGCCGUGGGAAGAUAACUUUCCCCUCUAGCUUCAAAAGGAAAAUCUCUGUCAAAAAAAUUAGUCUGAAAAAUUUACAACUGGAUUCCCGCAAGAAGCUGCAGCUUCCACACUCAUAACCCCACUGUCCUCAGCAGUAAUACGAAUCCAAGCAUCUGUAUUUAGGUCUGGUUACUGUAGAGUACUGUCAAAUGUGUUUUAAUAAAGAGCCAUACACUGGCACACUCCUUAACAGAUUGCAACCUGUUUCCUAAAUUGUUUGGUUACAUUUUGUUCUUAAUGGGUGCGUUUACAGAUACUUCUUUUAAGUGGAAUUAGCCUAAAAUUGCCAUUUUUAAGGUGCAUUAGGGGUGAAUGCACCUUAAAAAUGGUGAUGUUAGGCUAAUCCCGCCUGAAUUUGAUACCUGCAUAAAGCAAGUAUCAAAUUUAGUUGCAACUAGCUUAGUCGCAUUAGCCCACGUUUAGACAAUGCUCAUUAACACAUCUACGUGUGGGCUAAUGCAACUUAGCUAUUCACACCUAAAUUUAACAUGCCUUCAUGUGCAUUAGCGCGUCCACGUGUAGACAUGCACCUAAAUCCCCUUAAUGCAUCUUAAGCAAAGGCAUAUUAAGUUUAGGCGUGUAUAAAUACACAUGUAGACAUGCCCACUGUGUACUUGGAGUCAAGAGUGAUGAGAUCUGCUACCAAUUUGCCAUUGAUUUCCUUUGGCGAUGCCUGUAUCAGGAAGCAUAAGUUUCCCUUGUAGACAUGGCAUUUGGGCAAGACGAUCUCUGUAUACCUAGUAUGUUUGGGGUUUUUUUCAAAUGGAGGGAUGACAUGCAGCCAUAUUUAUAAAGCACUUUGAGGUCUUUGGUCAAAAAAUAUCCCUAUGACUUGGUUAUGCUUAUUAUUUGAACAAAUGAGGCCUGAUCUAGCAGCUCUUAUUUUUGUGACUUCACUGAGACGACUUGUGUAAAUAAGGGCUUGUGAUUUAUUUGAAUUCCUUUGAGAUGCUAUGAUUGUGUGAAUUUGGCUUUGGGAGGCCCAGCUGGGGACACCAGCAAUGUAGACUUUAAAGUGUUCACGUCCUUGUUUCAGAGCUGCAAUCAUAUACGCUCCUCCUCUUUUUAUAUUGACAGCAAAUAGGUGUGGGGCAGACAUACCAGAAUAACAUUCACCAGUUAAACCUCAACAUCUUUCUCCUUGCCUGUUCAACAGAUUUUCCACUAGCAAAUAAAUUCCUAGGUACCGAGUAACUUAAAUGCUGUGUUAAAUCAGAAUGACAUGUGUUUGACAAACAUUGGGCUUAAGCACUGGCCCAUUUUUGAAAGCUAAAGAGAUAACCACAUUUCUAAGAUCAAAGGACUCCAAAAGGGAUCCCCAAGUCUUCUGAAAAUCAAAUGAUCUUCACCACCAGAGAUGAAGAAACAUUUCAGAUAGUGCCUGGAUGACAAAUGUAUUUUUCUUUCCUGUCACCCGACAGAUGUUCGGUAUGUUUAUUCACCAGUCUGUACGAGUUAUGUUGUAUGUGCUGAGUGCAAUCUCCUUUGAUUGCCUUUCUUUUAAAUAUUGGACACUCUUCUCAAAGACUUAACUUUUUAGCCUUUUGAAGGUGGAGGAUGUAAAAACUUCAUUUUGCGUUUCCAAGCAAUGUAGAUAGAUCUAAAGAUUUCAUGAACCAUCUUGUAUUUGCCCAUAUCUGACUAAUGAUUAAAUUGUAAAAUUGCAGAAUUUCAUAUUAGGACUAGUCUUUGACCAGCUUUAAAAACUCAAAUUCAUAUUUGGUAUAAAUACACACACAAUAUCCUUCCGAUUAAAUUUCAAAAAGCGUAUCCUGGAGUAAAUGUUUUUAAGCACUUCUAAUACUGUAGUCUCUGUAAGAGGAACAGACACUUCUAAAGAAAUGUUAAAGCUGUCUCUUAUAAUUCAGUUGACAAACCAUUUUUGUAAUAAAUUAAAGCAAAUGUUCUCAAUUAGAAGAGCUAGUGGCUGUUGGUAUUGUACAAAAAAUCAUUCUAGUAUCCAAAGGGUUACUUGGUUUGUUUGUUUUUAUUUUCAGGGAGAUUUUUUAACAUUGUUUAAUGAAACUAGUUUCAUUUUGAGGUUGUUUCUGAAGAUAAUGGCUUCUGUGUUCUAUGGCUGCUUGAAUUAUUUGUACAUAAUGUCUAAUAAUGUCACAGUGCUGCUGUAUCUAGAUCAAACCACUGUUUUGUUUUGUUUUUUGGUUUUGUUUUGGGUUUUUUUGUUUUUGGUUUGUUUUUUUUUUAGAAAAAUAAAUUCCUUAAUUUAAAUACAUAAAAACUUCUUACUCAGCUUUA